GGCUCGGGGCGGUUGGUUGGAGCGUCGUAGCAGCGGAGAGGUCCGGGAAAGUUUCUUUGGAGGUGCGGCCGGGAGUGGCCAUGUCCCACGGUCCCAAGCAGCCCGGCGCGGCCGCCGCGCCGGCGAGCGGCAAGGCUCCAGGACAGCAUGGGGGCUUCGUGGUGGCUGUCAAGCAAGAGCGCGGCGAGGGCCCGAGGGCCGGAGAGAAGGGGUCACACGAGGAGGAGCCGGUGAAGAAGCGCGGCUGGCCCAAAGGCAAGAAGCGGAAGAAAAUCCUGCCGAAUGGGCCCAAGGCACCUGUCACCGGCUACGUGCGCUUCCUGAACGAGCGGCGUGAGCAGAUCCGGACGCGCCACCCGGACCUGCCCUUUCCUGAGAUCACCAAGAUGCUGGGCGCCGAGUGGAGCAAGCUGCAGCCGGCGGAGAAGCAGCGGUACCUGGACGAGGCAGAGCGGGAGAAGCAGCAGUACAUGAAGGAGCUGAGGGCAUACCAGCAGUCAGAAGCCUACAAGAUGUGCACAGAGAAGAUCCAGGAAAAGAAGAUCAAGAAAGAGGACUCCAGCUCCGGGCUCAUGAAUACCCUUUUGAAUGGACAUAAGGGUGGAGACUGUGACGGCUUCUCCACUUUCGACGUCCCCAUCUUCACGGAAGAGUUCUUGGACCAAAACAAAGCGCGGGAGGCGGAGCUGCGGCGCCUGCGGAAGAUGAACGUGGCCUUCGAGGAGCAGAACGCGGUGCUGCAGAGGCACACGCAGAGCAUGAGCAGCGCGCGCGAGCGCCUGGAGCAGGAGCUGGCGCUGGAGGAGCGGCGGACACUGGCGCUGCAGCAGCAACUCCACGCGGUGCGCCAGGCGCUCACCGCCAGCUUCGCCUCGCUGCCGGUGCCGGGCACAGGCGAGACGCCCACGCUCAGCACCCUGGACUUCUACAUGGCGCGGCUGCACGGCGCCAUCGAGCGCGACCCCGCGCAGCACGAGAAGCUCAUCGUCCGCAUCAAGGAGAUCCUGGCUCAGGUAGCCAGUGAGCAUCUAUGAGGGUGUCUGCCGCCCCAUGAUCCAGAGAAGACCAAGUCCUGGUCACGGCCCCUCCCCCGCCCCCACCCCAUGGA